UGGCCUUAAAAUGGCUUCAAGUCUGCAGAGCCGCGAGCCGGCGGAAGGGUGAGCCUGCAGGUGGCUGUAGUGGCCGCGUGCGACGCAUCGGGUGGAACUGGAGCGGACGUGAACUAGACAGCGCCCGGAGCGCCAGUACGCCUUCGCCCACUCUCAGUUCCCCAGUCCUGUCUUGAGCAGAGUCUGGGGCCUACUGGCACCCGAGCUGCUGGCGCCCGGGGCUUAGGCAUCUCUGCGCGCUGGCUCUCCGUGGCCCUCGGGGAUACAGUGGCGCCAGCAGCCCUUGGUUGGCGCGGACGGAAGAUGGGGCUCGUCAGGCCUAGUGGGGGUCGCUCGAGGUCGGUCGCCCUGGGCUUCCAGGCUCCUGUCGCCGCCGCGUGGGUCCGUACGACCCCUGGGCGUUCCAGCCUCUGACAGCACCACCGGACAAAGGGCCCGGGCACGGGUGUCCCCGAAGUCCGCGCGAAUGACUUCCUCUCCAGCCCUCGAGCGCUUCGCUGCCGGCGUAUCCCGAGCCCGCCCAGACGCCGUCACUGCACCAGGGGCAUCGGCUGCGUGGGACCAAUAGGGCUGAUACUGCCUCGCGGAACUAGGAUCGGGACUCGGUCCCAGGGGACGCGCUCCCCACCCUACCCCACCCCCCGCCAGCCUGCCGCCUUCACUUCUAUUGUUCUGGGGCCAGGGUCACCUCCAGAAUCCCGCCUUCUCUGGUCGGCCCUGCCGGAAGUCCCGCCUUCGGCGAUUUGCUUCCGGUUCCUAUUGCUCCUUCCGGUCGCCAUGGCUACUGGGCGUCUCGGGGUAGGAGAGACGCUAGGCGCUCUGAAUGCGGCUCUAGGACCUGGCGAUCCGGUGUGGUUCAAAGAGACGCAUGCCCGGCACUUGCGGGUGCGAGAUUUCCUGGCGCCGCGACGCGCACUACAAGCGCGCUUCGGGGAAGGACAGGUGCCCCAGCGUGUGCUCCACACCCUCACUGGCUUGCAGGGCCCCGGGGUGGCCCCAGUACUGCGCUGCGCGCAGACACCUGCCGGCUUGUUGCUUCAGCUUCGGCGUCCUGCCGUCUUCGAGCGCGUCCUUUGCGAUGUGGCCUCCUAUGCCACGCCGGACAAAUGGGCCUCACCGGGCCUGCGCAUCCUCCUCCAUUGCCCGGCGCUGCGCCGCAGUUCUGGAGCGCUCACCUUGAGCCAGCUGCGUGUUGUGCUCGUAGCCGAUCACCUGGCGCGAGCUCUGCGCAGUGAGGGGGCGUGUGUGUGCUUAGUUCCUGCAGUGCAGGACCCGCACAUGUCAACCUUCCUGCAGAAACUGCGAGUGGAUUGGCCCACUGCCUCGGAAAGAGUAUCGGCUGAAACCCUGAGAAGUCUCUUAUUUGCAAAGUUUACCUCUGCUCAAGACCAGGAGACAUUACCCCCUGGAGUCCUAGGCAGACUGGGCCUGAAGGAGCUGGUUCAAGAACAUGGCUGCCGCGCUGGUUAUGACCCUAACGUGGACAAGUGUCUGGUGACGGAGGAUCUGCUGUCUGUGUUAGCUGAGCUGCAGGAAGCUGUUCGGCAUUGGCCCGAGAGCAACUACCCAGGCCUGGUCAGGGCCCCAAAUUUUGAUGUACACAGCUGCAUGGUUGUACACGUGGUGAGCUGUGAGGAGGAGUUCCAGCAACAAAAGUUGGACCUGCUUUGGUGGAAAUUGGAUGGCCAGGCUCCUCGAAGACAGAAGCACCUGGUCUGUGGCCCAGUGAAAGCAGCGCUUGCACCUGGCACGCUGACUGCCGCGGAGUACUACGAGCUCCGGCAUGCUCAGGUGUGCAAGGCCUCAGCACUGAAGCAUGGUGGCAGUCUGACACAAGACCCAGAAUGGACAGAGAUCUUAGAGGUUCUCACUGUGGCAACCAUCAAGUUUGAGAUGCUGAGUACAGCCCCACAGGGGCAGCUUCUCCUCACCGAAAGCAGCAUCUCCACAAAGGGCACCAAGAGUGGCAUCUUUGUCAUGUAUAACUGUGCCCGUCUUGCCACACUCUUUGAGGGUUACAAGUGCAAUAUGGAAAAAGGUCUGUACCCCACUUUUCCAUCUGUGGAAAGUCUGGACUUCUCACUGCUGCAGGAUGAGUACCCCUGUCCCCUGCAGGGCGAGUGGCAGCUGCUCUUCAAUAGUGUCCUUCCCUUCCCGGACUUGCUGAGCCACACUGGAGGCCUGGCCUGCACCGGCCCAGGGCUCUACCUGAGUGCUCGUACAGAGACAGUAUGCAAGUUCCUGGUACAACUCAGCAUGGACUUCAGUUCAUACUACAACCGGGUACACGUCCUAGGGGAGCCUCGGCCACACCUCUUUGGUCAGAUGUUCGCCCGCCUGCAGCUUCUGAGGGCUGUUCGUGAGGUGCUCCAUGCUGGCCUUGCGAUGCUGGGUCUCCCUCCACUGAACCAUAUCUAAGGACACAGAGGGCUCAACAUC